GAAGCCUCCGGGGUGUCCUCAAGUUAGACAGUAGAUGAACGUCGCUCCCCAGAUAGUUGUGGGUUCGCCUGGUCUUCAGUGCUCACUUGUGGCUGCAAGGCCACGUGAGGGGAUGGGGUGGCUCGUGUCUGAGUUGUUUAGGACGACCUUUCCCUCGUCUCUCACGCUCCCUUUAGCAGCUACAGCCGUGCGGGGAGCCGUGCGUAACUCCUGCUGGCUUGCUGCCCCACCCUGUUGGGCUCUCCUUCAAGUUAAGCAAGAUCUGACUACUGCAUUCUUCGGAGGUGCUCUGCUCGUUUUCCUUAUGAGACUAAAUGGCUUUUCCCAGAUCACAUCACUGCAAUUGACUUGACCCUCAACUUUGAGAAAUACUCUUACCUACUAUGCAGCACAGCCGAAACUCCCACAGCAGCUGGAGAACACUGAUUUGGGGGUUUGGCAUCUUUUUCUUAGUUGAACAAAACAGUAUAUAAGUAAAUAAUACAGGGAUGAUCUGAAACUUCACCCUCUUUAAUUCGAUUUAUCUAAACGCUGGAUUUGAUGAUACUUCUGUGUAGAACUGGUCAACUUUAGCCCUGUCAGAGGGUGUGUUUAAUGAUCAGUUCCCAGAAAGAGUAUCCACGUGAGGAACUUUCUCCAACAGGCCUUCUUCCCUUCAGGAUUCACUUCCCUUCAGGUUUCAGAAAUGAUAGGUAGGCAGUUGUUCUUACUCUCCGUAUUCUAGAAAGUGGAGAAGCAGAUAGUGAGAAUGUGUUUGCCUUGACUCAGAUCAGCCAGUGGAGGCACUAGCAUUAUCCCUAGUUCUGCACUGCACACCCCUUUAGGUCACAUCAAAGGCUUUGUUUUCUAAAGAAGCACAUACAAUCUAAGGUUAAAUAUGCAAACGGGGACAUACAUACUUAUGGUUAUCUUUUCCUUUAUGUAAACCUGGAAUUUCCAUCUCUGCCCAAAAUCUUUUUUUUUUAUUUCUUAUUUUUUUGAGAAAUGUCAGCAGAGAGGGCAGAGGAAUUACCUCACCUCGGGUGAGGAUGCCCGGAUGCAGCCUGGGUGGCCAGAGCCAGCUGGAAGCCCACAGAGAACCUGACUCACAGGCGUAUUCUGUGAGGUCUUUUUUUAUUUUUAAUUGGCUGUCAACAUUUAGAAUUCAGGCCAUUUUACAUAAAAGACCUCUUGCAAAAUCGGAAGAUCCAUCCAGGCCUGGCCCACGUGGUGGAGUUAGCUGGAGCCAGGCUGGAGCUGCCCGUCGGCUGAGCCGCGUGUCCCUCACGUCUCAGGGUCUGCUCAUCUGUGUGACUUGUGGGGCCCGGCGCGCACGUGAACCUCUCUAGGAAGCAGGAUGUCAGUGCUUCUGGGGAAACAGGUCUUUUUUACCGGCGUGGCGGCUAGCGGGGGCUGCGCCCUUUUGUACUACCUGAUACAGAAAGCUUUUUCCAGGGCUUCCUAUUACCAGUGGGCAUUGGAGCAUCUGCGCAGUCACCCUGAGGCGCUGGAAGCUCUGGGCACUCCUCUCAACGUUCACUACCUCCGACUCACUGACAAGUACAACUUCGUGGACAUUGCCGAUGCAAAGUUGAAGAUUCCUGUCUCUGGACCCAAGUCAGAGGGCUAUCUCUAUGUCAGCUCAUCCAGAGAUGCCCCCUUUAAGAGGUGGAACCUUCAGGAGGUCUUCUUAGAGCUCAAGGAUGGCCAGCAGAUUCCCUUGUUCAAGCCCAGUGGGGAGAACAGCAACGAGCUGAAAAAGGAGUGAAGGUGAUCAAAGACCAGCCCCUCCGAGCCUGGCCUCCCCCCUCCCCAUGCGCGCCCCCGUGGCUGCAGGCCAGCCCCCAGGUCGGGCUGGCUGCACGUGUGGGCAUAUAGUGAUCUCAGGAUCAUUCUAAUUUGACCACAGUGAACCCUGCUGAAGUUUUUAAUUUCAUCAGAAAGUUACUAUAAUUUAUAAAAAUUUGAAAGCUCUCUGUAUAGAAGCAAAGCACAGAAUGAAAGCAAUCAGUAUUAAUAAUGUUGAUUUCUCAUCUCUUUUCCUCUUCUCCCCUCUACCCCAGUUUUCAGCCCUAUCAAUGAGAAGGUUUUCUAGUACCAAAAAGGUUUUUAAUUAAUUGUUAACCUCAGAAUGCCGCGGGAGAACAAGCACUUCUGUUUGGUUGCUCUAUGUUAAGUAGCUUGUGGACGUAUCUAAAGCACUUGGAAUUUUUUUUUUUUUUUGCUUCAUUGUUGUUUUAUUUUCUUCUUUUAUUUAGUUACCAACUGUCUGCCUGACUGAAGAUUUACAAAAUAACUGCUUUAAUCCAAACAUUUUGAAAGCUUAAAAUAUUUAUAUGUACAAAAGCACGUGAAACAUAGGAAAGUUAGUUUAAAGCUAACAGGCCCUUACACAUCUUCUUUCCACACAACUUAACCACAUACUAGAGAAUCUUACCUGUAGGUUUUAUUAGUCUUGCAAGGGGACAAAGAUCUUCCUUCCCUCUGAGCACCAGAGCCUACAAAAACCCAGAAAUCUGUCACCUUUGCUUUGAAAAGGCCAGUUUAACCCCCUCAGUAUUCCUAGGCUUAAAUGCAGUUGUAAUAAAGGACAUUUAUGAGCUCCUUUACUGUAUUCUUAAUAUUCAUUGGAGGGGAGCCUCUCAGAAAAGAUUAAGCUUAAAUGUGCCAGUAUAGAGUACAAGGCCUUUCAUCGUUUUGGAAGUUAUUUCUGUCCUGUAAUUUCUUUCUUUAAAAAAUAUGCUCUUUGAAUAGACCAUGAAGUGAAAAAGUAGGUCUUUCCCUGAGAGCUUUUAUUGAUAAAUAUUACGAUCUAUACAGUCUUUCUUGUGCUGCUUUAUUCUUUAACCAUUACGUACCGUUCUGUUGUGUACAUGUCACUUUAUAUAGUGCCUCAUACCUGGCUGUUCUAUAACAGCUUUUACUUACUUUCAGUGUUUGCUGGAUUUUUUUCUUGCUAUGGCCAAGCCACAGAAAACCGGGGCCUGAGUGGACCUUCUGUUCUGAAGUAAAAGCAAGUAACAGUUUGUAUGAAGAGGCUUUCCUAACCCAACUGACAGGAAAUAGUAUUAUGUAGUGAAAAGAUCCUUGAUUUCUGUUUGAAAGUCACCAUCUUGGGUAUUUUUUCCAGUUAAGCGUAUUUCCAUGUACUUCUUAAUGCCUUUAUGGUUGAUCGUGAACAGGCCAGAACCCGGUGCUUGCAGUAGACGUUGUCCUUUCUUUUCUCGAAGCAAUGCUGUAUACCUGCAGCCCACUACUUCCUGUGUGUCCAGUAAUCACUGUGAUUCAGCCAUGGACUCACCGUUUGAGCACGUGUUCCCAGCACACCCCAUAGGAGUCAGCCCAGCAGUGACUGGAGACAGGGCUUCACUAGAAUUGUAAGAAUUAUAGAUUUGUCAAGACUGCAGAAGAGCGAUCACAGCCAGCAAAUGGCAGUAGGGCUCCCAUGCACCUCUACUAAGCUGCUGUAUGGUCUCUGCUCACGUAAUACUGGACUAGGAGAGUUCCAAGCAGCGGUGCUAAAACGAGGCGGGAGAGAGACCGAUCGGGGGAAUCCGGGAGGCCAGUCAGCUCACUCCUCCUCUUGGGGGACUGCUGACCUCAUGGGCUUUGAGAUCUAAGAUUGCAGACGUGAUGGAGACUGCCGUGCAAACAGAAAAAACAUGAAAACAGGCCUCAGCCGGGGAGGUGUGAGCUCUGCUCCAGGAAGAUGAUCUGCCAUCUGGCCAGUGUAUAGGUUAGCUGAAGAUACGGUAAAAGCAGGCCCUGGACAGGUGAGGUGGCCAGAGUGUGAAAGCCAGCAUCAGCAUUCUGCAUUGAGCGUGUAGCCAUCAGGUUCUGGAGUAAGUAGGUAUAUGAUUCUACUGUUAAUGAACGUUUAAGAGACUGUGCUGAAUUAUACUGACAAGACCUGUACGACUUUAAAAUAAAUCACUGAUUUUACUGUCA